UAAGCCAGGCAAACCUCGGUGUGAUUGAAGAAGCCAGUUGAAACUCAGCCUUGUUCAGGCACACUUCUGACUGGCACCUGCUGCUCUAAGCGAUUUUCAGCAUGAUGGUGUUUGCGUUUUGGAAGGUUUUUCUGGUCUUAAACUGCCUUGCAGGUCAGGUUAGCAUGGUGCAUGUGACCAUCCCAGACACUUUCGUGAAUGUGACUGUUGGAUCUAAUGUCACUCUUCUCUGCUAUUAUACCACCACUGUGACGUCCCUGGAAAAGCUUACAAUCCAAUGGUCUUUCUUCCACAAUAAGGACAUGGAGCCAGUUUCUCAUGGCUGGCACCCCAAUACUGAGGGUAUGGAGGAAAAGGCAGUCAGUCAGUGUCUAAAAAUGGUGCAUGCAAGAGACGCUCGGGGAAGAUGUAGCUGGACCUCUCAGAUUUACUACUCUGAAGGUGGGCAAGAUUCAGCUAUUGGACAAUUCAAGGAUCGAAUUAUAGGGUGGAAUAAUCCAGGUAAUGCAUCGAUUACCAUAUUGCAUAUGCAACCAGCAGACAGUGGAAUUUACAUCUGUGAUGUCAACAAUCCUCCAGAUUUUGUCGGCAAAAACCAAGGCAUCCUUGACGUCUCUGUGUUAGUCAAACCUUCCAAGCCCUUUUGUACCAUCCAGGGAAGACCAGAAGCAGGCCACCCUAUUUCCUUGUCUUGUCUUUCUACCUUUGGAACACCAUCUCCUGUGUAUUACUGGUAUAAGAUUGAGGGAAACACCAUUAUGCCAGUGAAAGAAGGCUUCAACUCAGCCACUGGAGUUUUGGUUCUCGGGAACCUAACAAAUUUUGAACAAGGUUAUUACCAGUGUACUGCUGUCAACAGUCUUGGCAAUAGCUCCUGUGAAAUUGACUUAACCUCUUCACAUCCAGAAGUUGGGAUCAUCAUUGGUGCCUUGAUUGGUGCUCUGAUCGGUGCUGCUGUCAUCGUAUCUGUGGUGUACUUUGCAAGGACCAAAGUUAAAUCAAGGCAAAGGAAGAGGAAUUUAAACCCCAGCACAGAACUUGAACCAAUGACAAAGGCAAGCCAUUCUCCAGACAGUGAAGCAAUUCCAUCUGAGGACAUCCAGCUAGGCGCAACUCUGCCAUCUUCCAUCCAUGAUGCCCACACCGGACCUACUACUGCCAUCUUGGGGCCAGAAUAUGAGUCUGGCAUCCAGCUUAAAAAUGCCACCCAGCGUGACCCUGAAGCAGAGUCUGAGAUGGAGAUUCAGCUGGAGCAGGAGCCGGAGACUGAGACAGAGCCUGAGUUCGAGCCUCAGUCCGGAAUUAUAGUUGAGCCUCUGCGUGAGAAGAAGAAAUGAUUCAGUUAAGCCAUAAGCAUAGACAGGCACAGCAUUAAGAAUGGCAGUUCUAACUUAGGAACCCAUUCCUGGCCUUAAAAUCUGGUGGACUUAACCAGCCCCCAGAUGUCCAUCAUGGACAGCCCUCAUCUAACAACCUGCUUAUACUCACCAUUAAUCCAAAAUAAAUAAAUGAAGGUAACACUAAAGAAAUGCAAAGAGUUCUUUGUUCUUAGUAUAGAUUACUUAAAACUGUACUAACAUGAAACAUAAAAAAUGACAAAGCCAAGAUGAGUGGUUCAUUUUUAAUUUAGAGUAUUUGCAAAAGCAUUUUAUAUAUUUUGUAGUCACCCUUUUUCAUGGUUCACAUGUACACAUGGUAAAGUCGAGUUACUUUGAUUGAAAAUUUUAGGAUUAGUUAUCUUCCCCAUUUGUUUUUUAUAUUUACCACUAAGAAAAUAAUUUAACACUAUUGGUUCAUAAAUUAGAAAAAAACCAUUUUCCCUAAAUAAGAGGGUAUGUAUCAAUUGGUGCGUACAAUCUAAAACUAAGUCUUACAAUUUAUCAUAUUAAAUCUUUAAUAAAUCAAUUCAGUGUCCAAAACUUGAGCAUAGCAAUAUUUUUAUAACUUAUUUUUCACUGCCAUAUGGUGUACAGGCAAACAAUUUAGAAUAAACUUUUCUUGGUGAAAAUAAAGUGUUGGUAUUGGAGGCAGUUUAGAAUAUACCUUUGAAUAAGCUAUCAUGGUCUGAUGCUAUUUGUUUUGGCGGUGGGCUAGAUAAUCUAAACUGGCAAUUUAAAUAAUUUGUUUGCUGUUUAUAUAAUCUAUGUCAAUAGAAACAUCACUUAUUUAAAUGAUAUACAAUAAGUGAAUGCAUCAAAAAAAUCCCUUCACUUUAAAAAAAAGCUUUUUCAUGAUCAUAUUUCACUGACACCCCACUCUGAAGAAAUUUACAGGCGGAUUUACUUUUUUGUACUUGUGUAAUCAAUCACAGCUGAAAUAUCAUUUUAAGGCUCAAUGAAUAAUACUCAAUAAAAUCUCAUUUGGUGACUA